CGCUUCACAGUGACGACAACAACAAAACACAGCAGUAGAUACAGGGUGGCAGCUAGCUAGCUGGCUACUUGAUAUAAACACUUAGGUUACACAAUCCCUUUUGGGGAGAUCGGUGACAAGAAAAACAACAAUACACUGAACAGCCCGAUCAUAACACGGGUAAUAUGACCAGGACUUCAGAAAAAAUACAUAUUCAGAAAAUCUUCUGAAUAUAAUAUUGUUAACAUUUGGUCGCUAGCUUGGUGUCUAGCUAGCUGCUUUGAGAUCCCAGAUGAGCUAGCAAGCGAAGCCUAGAGGAUAUGACAAACAAACGCCGAGACUCUGUUAGCAGUUCCGAAACCCACUUUGAUGUUUCAGUUGCCAAAGUAUAUUACAUCACUUACUCUCCUUUUCCUGAACCACUUGGUUGGAGUUAAGACGGCGUCCUGUGACGUUAAAUAGGUGCUAAAUGACUAAAUGAACAAGGAAGGGAAGUGUGAAGACUGCCGGAGUAUCCAACAUGAAGUUGUAUGUGUUUCAGGUCAACAAUGGAAGCACACUGACUUUUGACACUGAGCUUGCCGUCCAGACGGUUUCAGACCUUAAACAUGCCAUCCAGGUCAAAUACAAGAUCGCAACGCAGCACCAGGUUCUCGUUGUCAAUGGAGGCGAGUGCAUGGUUGCAGACAGGCGUGUCUGCAGCUACAGUGCUGGCACAGACACCAACCCAAUCUUCCUGUUCAACAAAGAGAUGAUCCUUUGUGACCGGGCUCCAACAAUCCCCAAAACCACCUUCUCCAUAGAGAACCAGAUGGAACUGAAGGUGGAGGAGUCUCUGAUGAUGCCAGCAGUUUUUCACACUGUUGCCUCACGAACACAACUUGCAGUGGAAAUGUUUGAAGUUGCCAAGAAACUCUGCUCUUUCUGUGAGCGCUUGGUUCACGACGAGCACCUACAGCACCAAGGCUGGGCAGCCAUAAUGGCCAACCUGGAUGACUGCACCUUGUCUUACCAGAAGCUGCUUUGGAAAUUCGACACUGCCUACAUGAACUAUCAACAGGACAUUGAGGACAUCAAAAUAAAACUUACCAAGCUAGGGACCGCUGUAUCAGUCAUGGCCAAGAUCCCUCUCCUGGAGUGCUUGACGCGCCACAGCUACAGAGAGAGCCUCAAGUCCAGCUCGCCAGCGGACGGCGACGGGACCGAGGAGGAGACGGAGGAGGAGAAGUCCGUGGAUUCCGUCUUGUGUCCUGGGGAGUCCCGGAGUGGUGGGAAGUCGCCCGGAUCCUUCUCCGCUUCGGGGGAGACGCCGACGGCGGCGGCGGCGGCGCGGGACGGCGGCGCGCGGGAGGAGAGCCAGAUGACGGACAGCAGCAGCCUGCGGGCGGCGCUGCAGGAGACCGACUCCCCGGAGACAAGCCUUCCGCCCUCUUUCAACGUCACCCUGCUGGACUGGAUCAACGUACAGGACAGGCCAAAUGACGUGGAAUCGGUUGUGAGGAAGUGCUUUGAUUCCAUCAACAGACUCGAUCCGAGGAUCAUUCAGCCCUUUUUGGCAGAUUGUCGGGACACUAUUGCCAAAUUGGAUAAUCAAAACAUGAAGGCCAUUAAGGGCCUGGAGGAUAGACUGUAUGCUCUUGACCAGAUGAUUGCAAGCUGUAAGAAGUUGGUCAACGAACAGAAAGAACUUGCUCAGGGAUUUCUGGCCAAUCAGAAGAGGGCUGAAAACCUGAAGGACACUUCGGUGUUGCCUGACUUGUGUCUCAGUCAUGCAAAUCAGCUGAUGAUCAUGUUGACCAACCACAGAAAACUCUUGGACAUCAAGCAGAAGUGCACCACUGCCAAACAGGAGCUGGCCAACAAUCUGCAAGUUCGCCUCAAAUGGUGCUGCUACGUGAUGCUCCAUGCGGACCAGGACGGGGAGAAGCUGCAGGCCCUGCUGCGCCUGCUGACGGAGCUGCUGGAGCGGGUGCGGAUCGUGGAGGCCCUCAGCACCGUCCCGCAGAUGUACUGCCUGGCCGUGGUGGAGGUCGUCAGGCGGAAGAUUUUCAUACGGCACUACAGAGAGUGGGCCAGUGCUCUCGUGAAGGAUGGGAAACAGCUCUAUGAAGCUGAGAAAGUUAAAAGGGAAACGUUUGGGAAGUUGUUCAGAAAAUCUUUUCUCAGAAACCGUUUGUUUCGAGGACUUGAUUCAUGGCCUCCCACUUCAUUUUGCACACGCAAACCUCGAAGGUUUGACUCUGAGCUUCCGGAAAUUUCCCUGUAUGACCUGCAGUAUUUGAAGUCUUGCUGUCCUUCUGAAGUCCAGCCUUUUCUCAGGGUUCCAACAUUGUGUGAUUUUGAGCCUUUGCACCAACAUGUUAAAAUACUCCACCAGCUUGUUCAAGCCACCCAGAGUGUGGAUGAAAUGUCUCAAACCAUCACUGACUUGCUGAGUGAACAAAAGGCAUCCAGCAGCCAGACGGGGCAAAGGUCCACUACAGUCCCAAGAUCUGAAAGCACAGUAGGAGCUGCCUCUACCUCCCCCAAAACACCCUCCUCACUGAGUCUUCAGGGUCCCCUCUGUCAGCCUCUGAUUGUUCCUGGCCCGUUAGAAGAGCUGUCUCCAGACAGCAUCGAUGCCCACACGUUUGAUUUUGAAACUAUCGGGCAUCCGAAUAUGGACGCGGUGCUACAGCAAGGAUCCCUGGACCUCGACUCCUUGGUCGAGAGCCCCGAGUCGGACUUCAUGUCCGCAGUGAACGAGUUUGUGAUCGAGGAGAACCUGACUUCCCCGAAUCCCAUCAGCGACCCGACGAGCCCCGAGAUGAUGGUGGAAUCCUUGUAUUCCUCGGUCAUAAAUGCCAUCGACAGCAAGCGCAUUCAGGACACGACUACCUUGGAGAGGGAGAACUCCAGACUGGCAGUCCUGAAACAGUGCAUAGAGAAGUACAGGUCGGCCGCGGAGGAGUCCCAGGGCAACUUGAAAAGCGUCAAAGAGGAUCUCUACCACUUCCGUGGUCUUGUAUUAAAAGAACAGAGGGACUUUGGGUUCGCUUUGAAAACAAUGUCGAUGGAAGUGCGGAGCAUUGUUGAAAAUAUUAAGUACACCCACGAAGGAAACUUGCAUGAAAUGCAUGAGAAUGAGUUAUACACUCUCAAAACAGACCAUGAAAAAGAAAUGCUAGCUCUCAAAGAACAAUCCGAGGUGAACCAGAAUAUCGUCAAGGAUCUACAAAGGGCCAUCCUGGAGCUCGAAGGCAUCGUGGAACGGAAGGAAAAGGAGAUCGCCCAGAUUGAAAGCGAAAGAGACCGGACUGUGGAAUCGGAGAGCAGUCAGAAGCAGCGGUUGCUUGACCUGGAGCAGAAGAUCGAAGAGCAGAAAGAGGAAAUGAAGACCGUCACUCUGUCCAGAGACACCCUGGCAGACCAGCUGGAGCACCUGCAUUUUGAGAUCGAACGCAGCCAGCAGAAGAUCAAGGCGGAAAUGGAAGGCUUGGAAAAGUCUCGGCUCCAGGAGCUGGAGGAGCGGCUCCGGCAGCAGCACGCCGGCGAGCUGGAGGCCGCCAAACAGCAGGGCCAAGCGGUCCUCGAUUGGCUGGCCGACGAGAACGCGACCAAGCUGAAGGAGCUGGUCGACCUGCACGCAGCAGAGCUGGCGGAGUGGGAGGGUCGCGUCAAGGACCUCGAGUCCCGCGUCUCCGAGCUGUCCGACAUGCGAUGCAAGUUGGAGGUGGAGAUGGCCCUGAAAGAAGCGGAGAUGGAGGAGGUCCGGCUAUUGUACCAGGAGGCCAGGUGUCAACAGCAGGAGACGUUGAACUCCAGAGUGGAGGCGGAGACCGACUCUUUGCGAAAGCAGAUGAUUGCCCUUCAAGAGCAGCUCCAGGUUAAGAAUGAAGAGUACGAAGUGGGGCUAGCCGAGCUCAGGACACUGAUGAGAAUCGAGAAGGACCACUGUAUCUCUGAGCUGGUGGACAGGCAUGAAGAGGAGAGUGCUUUACUCCGCAGUCAAUUUGCAUCUUUGCAAGACAAAGCUUGGGAGAUGGAGAGAAGCCUUACUGAACAGGUGCAAGCACUUAAGAAUGACCUGGAGGAUCGGACUGCCACCCUAAAGAACGAGAAAGACAAUCAGGAAAGAGCCCUUCAGGAGGAGCAGGAGCAUUUAAAGAAGACUAUCUGUGAUUUGGAGGCACAAAAUGAACUUCUUUCUAAACGGUUGGUGCAGGAGAAAGAGACCGCACAGAGUAUAGAAGAGCAGAAAGAGGAAGCAGUGAAGGCUGCGUUAUCAAAUGCCUUAAAAAACUUUGAACGGCAGAAGGAGGAAAUCGAGGAAAGACUGUUAACAAAAGUCAAAGAACUUGAAAAUGAGCUCAAGGAGAGAGGGUCUUCAGAAAGGGCAGCCGCCGCGCCAGAGCACACCGGGGGCCAGGCCGAGGUGGCGCUCGGCAUCAGCGCCAGUGUCGAGGAGCGUCUGCAGGAGGAGCGGGCCGGCCUGCUGGCCCAGCUGGAGCUCCUGGAGAAGAGGAAGAACGAGGAGAUGCAGAACCUCAAGACGUCGCUCAUCGCCGAACAACAGACAAAUUUCAACACUGUUCUGACAAGAGAAAAACUGAAGAAGGAACAGAUAAUCAAUGAACUAACUGACAAGCUGAGAAAAGCCACCCAGCAGCAAGAAGACGACAAAGGUGUGAUUGGGACCCUGCUGGGAGACCGGGCCACCCUGCUGCAGGAGAAGAAGCAGUUGGAGGAGGAGCUGAACCGUCUGCGUAGCAGCGCCAUGGUCUCCUCCACCUACUUCCAGCCCGCCCCCGCCGCCUGCUCCUCCGACGCCCCCGGCGACCCGGAGAGGCUGGCCUCGGUCGGAGCCGUCCGCGAGGAGGAGAGGGUGGACUCGGCGGUCGAGGCCAGCAUGAUGACCGUUCACGAAAACAUCCUCAUGCUAUCUGAGGAGAGGCAGCGAAUACUUCUAUUGGAAAGGACCUUACACAUGAAGGAGGAAGAAAACAAACGUCUCAGUCAAAGACUGAUGUCCCAGAGCAUGUCUUCAGUAUCUUCACGGCAUUCAGAGAAAAUAGCUAUAAGAGAUUUUCAGGUCGGGGACUUGGUUCUCAUCAUCUUAGAUGAAAGGCACGAUAACUAUGUACUGUUCACCGUGGGUCCGACCCUGUACUUCCUCCAUUCUGAGUCCCUCACCGCCCUGGAUCUCAAACCAGCAUCUGGGGCCGCAAGGCGACCGUGGGUUCUUGGAAAAGUGAUGGAGAAGGAAUAUUGCCAGGCAAAAAAGGCUCAAAACAGAUUUAAAGUUCCUCUGGGUACCAAAUUCUACAGAGUGAAGGCUGUUCCCUGGAACAAAAAAGUAUAAUAUCGUUACAUUAUGAGCUAAAACCUGUUUGUGUUGCAUAUGUUUUUAAAAAUAAAACAAAAACAUCUCGUGUUAUUCAUAAAUUCUCUUAUCAACAUUGCAUUAGAAAAAGGAAAAAAAAUCAUUAUCAUGAUAUGGUUUGACAGUUGCAAGAACACUUUAGUUUUGUUUUUAUUUUUUGUUUUUUACCCAGAAGAUUUAUAAUCGUGGACCAAAUAAUUUCUUUUCUUUGUAAGGGCAUGCCCUAUACAUAUUGGCAUAAAGCCGUUAUAUUGUCUGUAAAUUAAACAUAAGUCUUUGGAUGUUAUAUAUUAGUUCUCAUUAUUAUGGACAUUUGUCCUUUUGUGGAAAAUAUCAUUAUCAACAUAAUUUCCCAGUAAUGUUCUGCAAAUAUACAUUUAUUAUAAAUGUUUAUGGAGGAAUGUUCAUGGCAUGCAUAUUGAAAUAUUUUUUCUUUAAUUUACUUCAGAUAAAUGUUGUAGUUGGACCUGUAGGUAAAAUGCUGUUUGUUACACACAACACAGUAAGAAAGCUCUCUGAAAGGAUAAUAUUGAAAUGUACAUUAUGAGACUGAGAGAAAUAUAACAGUCAUCACUGCAAUCCUUAAAAUGCACUUUUGGAAGAAACAAAAAAAAAAAACAAUGCUGUCAUGGAUUCAAACAGGGAAGAAUUUGCGCUGCUUUUAACAUUGAAACGGUGCAUAACUUCCCACUAUCAUAGAACGCUCAUUCUUAGAGAGAAAUAUUUCAUAUUUGUGAUCUUGUGUUUCAUUAUUGGAUUAAAUAUGGCAUUGUACAUUAUCCAUCAAGUCAUACAAGUAACAAUAAAUGACUGUAUUGUAAAGGAAUUUAGAGUUUUGAAACAAUAAAGGUUUGAUCCCUGGGAAA